AUGCGGUGCCUGAACAUGAUCAUGGCAGAACCACCGGGCCUCAUCACCAUCUGCCUUUUAGGAUAUCUACUCGGUGCUGACUGUACAGUUUUUCUUGAUCAUGAAGAUGCCACGAAAGUUCUGAGCCGGCCCAAGAGGUAUAAUUCAGGCAAACUGGAAGAGUUUGUUCAAGGGAACCUUGAGAGAGAAUGUAUGGAAGAAAAGUGUAGCUUUGAAGAAGCACGAGAAGUUUUUGAAAACACUGAAAAAACCACUGAAUUUUGGAAGCAGUAUGUUGAUGGAGAUCAAUGUGAGUCCAAUCCCUGUUUGAAUGGCGGCAUAUGCAAGGAUGACAUUAAUUCCUAUGAAUGCUGGUGUCAGACUGGAUUUGAAGGGAAGAACUGUGAGUUAGAUGUAACGUGCAACAUUAAGAAUGGCAGGUGCAAGCAGUUUUGUAAAUUGGAUGCUGAUAACAAGGUGGUUUGUUCCUGUACUACCGGAUAUCAACUUGCGGAGGACCAAAAGUCCUGUGAACCAGCAGUGCCAUUUCCAUGCGGAAGAGUUUCUGUCCCACACAUUUCUACGACGCACACCCGCGCUGAAACUCUUUUUCUCAAUACGGACUAUGGAAAUUCCACUACGGACUAUGAAAACUCCGCUGAAGCUGAAAAAAAUGUGGAUAACGUCACCCAACCAUUGAACGACUUGACUCGAAUUGUUGGUGGAAAAACCGCCAAACCAGGUCAAUUCCCUUGGCAGGUCCUUUUGAAAGGGAAAAUUGAUGCGUUCUGUGGAGGCUCCAUCAUCAAUGAAAAAUGGGUGGUAACGGCAGCCCACUGUAUUAAUCCGGAUGUUGAAAUUACUGUUGUUGCAGGUGAACAUAACACCGAGGAGACGGAACAUACGGAGCAAAAGCGAAACGUGAUUCGCACUAUUCUUCACCACAGCUACAAUGCAUCUGUUAAUAAGUACAGCCAUGACAUUGCCCUUCUGGAACUGGACGAGCCCUUAACGCUAAACAGCUACGUAACACCUAUUUGCGUUGCUGACAGGGAAUACACGAACACCUUCCUCAAAUUUGGAUAUGGCUACGUGAGUGGCUGGGGGAAAGUCUUCAACAGAGGGCGACCGGCUACAAUUCUUCAGUACCUUAAAGUCCCCCUUGUUGACCGAGCCACAUGCCUUAGGUCCACCAAGUUCACCAUCUAUAAUAACAUGUUCUGUGCUGGCUUCCAUGAGGGAGGUAAAGAUUCGUGCCAGGGAGAUAGCGGGGGACCCCAUGUUACCGAAGUGGAAGGCAUUCAUUUCUUAACUGGAAUUAUUAGCUGGGGUGAAGAGUGUGCAAUGAAAGGAAAAUAUGGAAUAUAUACCAAGGUGUCCCGGUAUGUCAACUGGAUUAAAGAAAAGACAAAACUCACUUAA